AAGUAAACAUUCGUUAAAAAACGAUAAGACUAAUGCUGCAAGAUAUGUCAUUGUUUCUGUCUGUUAAAUCAAUGUUUAUUAAAUGGUAACAGAUGGUUUAUGUUUAUAUUGUAAUUAUGUUUUUUAAUUUUUGAGUUUAAUUGUUUUCUGAAGAAAUGGGUAUCAAAAUCAUUGAAGAUGGAAUUGUUAUCUUCUUUUGUUUUAAUGUACUUUUAUCUAUCAAUAGUAUAAAUGUGAACUGCAAAUUGAUCUCAAUCCAAGCUAAUGGUUUGGUCACUGCUUUAGGAGACUUCGAUUCAGACAAAUUAACGGACUUUUUUGUUAUCAACCCUAGUCGUAGUUCAUUUCAAGUGCUCAAAGCAACAGAAAAACCUGAUUUCGUCGUUGAUCCCGCUUUAGAAUGUUACACCAGCAAAAAAGAACCCAUUGUUGGCCUUAUUCCCGGUGACUUUCUGGGAAAAGCUUUUAUGGAUAUUAUUGUGAUAACCAAGGACGCUGAUCAUUCCACUAAUAAUGUUCAGUUCAAAUUAUUCCUCAUACCUGGUAAUAGAACUCAUUUAAAUUGUCAUUACCUUUCGGAAGGCUUAUUUUUCGCCAAAGUGACUCAUCAGCCAUUAGCUUUAGAUUAUAAUGGAGAUAUGAUAAUUGAUUUGCUUGCUCGUGAUGUCGAUGGUCAAAGAUACAUUUACACUUCAAUUAAGGAGUCUAAUGCUACUCGUGUCAAUUUAAGCAUUGCUGAUAAUGAUGGAAUAAUACGUUCACCUAAUAGUAAUAGUUUUAUUGAUUUUGAUGGUGACUAUAGGAGUGACUUGAUUAUUGAAAGUGAUAAAGCUAUGGAGUAUUGGUCUCGUUCUACUGCUGGUUUCAAGAAAAUCAAAGAAAUCCCAUUUCCUAAAUACAAACUCAUUGGUAUGUCAACUUAUGCCGACAUGAAUGCUGAUGGAAUUGUUGAUCACAUAUUGCCAGUCUGUGGAGAUUCAAGUUGUUCAUCUUCAUCUGCUCUUUUAGUAUUGGAUGGCUCUAAAAAUCAAUGGUCUGUUCUCAAUGAUCAUUUCUCUGAUGUAGCCGGAACGUCUGGAUCAUUGCAGUUUGCGGUAAUCCAAGAUAGCUCAGACCAGUUUGUUUUUCCAUUGAAACUUCGGCAAGCUGAUGUUGAUGGUGAUGGAUAUCCUGAUUUACUUGGUUUAAUGAAAUCUAAAGAUUCAAAUUUAGUUAAAGUCAUCAUCUUACAGAAUAUAAAAAAUGAGACAAAUAUUUUAGGUCGAUCUUUUGUACCUCGUUGGUUCAUUGAUGCUGGUUUGAGUCAAACUAAUUCACCUGUAUUAGCAUCUUUUGCAGAUAUUAGCGAAGAUGGAAAAGCUGACGUAUUAGUCAAUUCUCGUGUUUCUGGGAAACCUAAUUACAUGAUCUCAGCCGUUCUCAAUGAUCAGAUGUAUGAUGCAUGUUUUCUUAAAGUUCUGGUAACCAGUGGACUUUGUUAUGGAGACUGUCCAAGUAUUGAAAAAACGUUGGAUGGAUCAGCACCAUCAUCUGUCAUUCCAUAUGGAACUAACCAACCUGGUCCCUCUAUUAGCUAUCAACUGAUUGAUACUGCAGGCAAUCGAAGAAUUGGAUUCGCUGGUCAAUUAUCUCAGUCAUCGGAUUUUAGUCUUCAAAUGCCCUAUUCUAUUUUUGGUCUUGGCCAAUUACCCAAUUUCGUUGAUAAUUUAACAGCUUCUAUACCAUCAGCUACAGACAAUGUGAUAAGAGUCAGCUCUUGGUCUCAAAUUGUCCCUGAUGCUCAGGUUGUUGUUAUACCUUAUCCGCCUAGUGAUCCACGAAUAUGGCGAACUAAAUUAUUUAUUACACCAAGUGACAUAGUCAUUUCGACUUUAAUCACAUUAAUAUCAAUAUGUGUUUUAUUGGCUUUAAUUAUUCUUUUAUUACACAGAAAAGAGGUUCUUGAAGACUUAGCUGAGCACGAGGAAUAUAAACGACAUUGGCCGGAAAGCAGAUGAUGUUAAUAAUUUCUGAUCAAUAAUGAUGAUCUCUUCUCUACCUCUGUCUACUCCUCCUUGAAAUUGUUCAGUAAUUUUCUCGGCAAUGUAGUCAAUUUUAUUUAAUUUGAACCACCGAUAAAAUUGAUAAUAUUAUGAGGGAUUGAACAAUCAAAGCACAAGAUGUAAUCGUGAAUUGAAAAUUUUGCGCUGUUUCAAAGCUAUUUAAAAGUGAAAAUCUAUUAUAAUAGUCAACUAUUAAGCAAUGUCUGCAUUCGAGUCAGCCCCAGUGUAUUUGUGACAAAGUUAAUUUUUCAAUAAAAUAUUUCUAUUACAAAA